AGAGCCGGGGUAUGAAUGCGGAGCCCGCAGGUCCCAGGGUCUUCAUAGGCGUCCGGCGGUCAGGACCUCGGAGUCCACAUCCCACCAAGAUGACUUCUCGGGCUGGAUUUAUCUCUUUGCUCUUAUCCACUUUCCUCGGGAUUUCUUUGGCACAAAGAUCAGCUUUUGAUAUAAACGACCUGGCGCCGUUAAAGUGCCGGAUCGCCGGGGUGGUUGUGGCCGAGGCGAAGGAUCAUAAAUACAGAUUUAAUUACACGACGGCGGAGAUCGUGUGUCAGCAGCUCGGCUUACAACUGGCCAGCAAGGCUGAGGUGGAGAAGGCUCACAGCUACGGAUUCGAGACGUGCAGUUAUGGAUGGGUAAAGGACCAAACCGGUGUCAUCUCACGGAUUCAGCAUAACGAGAAAUGCGGCAAGAACAAAACCGGCGUCGUUACGUGGAGUGCGGAUCUGUCGACCAGUUUCCAUGCCUACUGCUUCAAUGCAUCGGAUAAAUGGAUUAAUUCUUGUAAACCAGAGUUCCCCACCACGGCAGUCCCCACGACAGAGCCGCAGUCCGCCACGGCCAGCCGGGGCUCAUCUAACGAGACGGCGAGGACAGAAUCCCAAACCAAUCCGACAACGUUACCCCCUCUGCGAAGCACAACGAGAAAGAGUGACGCCGUGACGGCAUUUACCAAAUUAUUAGAGAUCGUGACCACCCGUCUGACGCCAGCGCCCCCCACACCGGAAAGCCAAGGAUUGGGCAAAAAUGGAAACAAUGCCUUUGGAGGCUUACCCGCCGCCCUCCUGACACUGGCAUUGCUCUUCUUCUUCCUGUCGGUUGUACUUGGCGUCUGCUACUUCAAGAAGUACAAAACGCAUUUGCUGUUCGACAAAAAGAAAGAGGAAGAGAAAGAAGCCGUAGAGACCAAAGUGUUCAAAGAGAACGGAAACAGCGAGAACCCAAAAGCAGACGGGCAAACCCCCAACGGGAAAGGCGCAGAGGAGGUCCAAGCGGCCACCACGACCACAAGAACCUGCAUGGAGGCUGAGGUGUAGCGAGCGCUUCCCUCCGGCGGGAGACGGAGCCGUGAAACGGACUUGGCGAGGAGCCUCAUCCACGAGAGCGAUGGAAGCGGCCGUGCCGGCAAACAGUGGAACUGAAGCGCUGGUCAGCGACCAAACUGCUCCAUCCUCCAGAAACCUGCCUCGUCCUCCAUCGGAGGCUCCGGCUUUUUAUUGCUUAUGACAAAACAUAUUUGGUUACAACACAAGAAGAAUGUCAGGAACUUUUACAAUUCUAUAAAAACUGGGCUAAAAACCAAAUCAAUGAGGCUCGUCCUUAAAUCCUAGGAAUUCCAAGAAAAAUCCUGUGGAAUUUCUGGCACCCGUGAGACGCAACGAGCUCCACAGAGACUGUCAAUAAAAAUGUAUAUUAUUGUCUUAACGCCUGUUACAAUAUCGCCACGGCUACGGGUUUAAUGUCACAAACUCACUCCAGGCGGGGAUGGAUCCCUAAAUCACGCGAAAACUCAAACAAUCCACGUGAUCCAAAUCGAAAUCGCUUAAAAAUGUAGUAAUAAUAAUAAGUAUUUUUAUUAAUGAGCAAUGA